GUGUUAAUUGGAUCACUGGAGUCAUAUAAAGGAAUUCACAGACAGAAGGAGUUCAAAGCAUCUGAGAGCAACAUUUUGAAGGGGAACUGCAGCUAAGCACAGACAAAAUGCCCCAAGAGCAACAUUUUGGAGAAUGCCAUUUUGCAAUGCAACCCGGGAGCAAGCAGACACCAGCCACACAUCUUCCCAGCUAACAGCGGUUUUCCAGAUGCCAACAGACAUUUGCCAGUAAAGAAAAAUACCGAGGAAGUUUACUCAGAAAAUGACUUUGAGCAUGUGGUGGCUGUAGGACUGAUGUCAGCUAACCAAAGCAGUGAGUUGGGAAACUGGAAAGCAAUUAAAAGAAAGGAGAUCAGCUCACUGGAAGAGAUACUGCAGAAACACCCUGGAGUCAGCUUUAACUCAAUCACUCAGAAUAAUGCAGAAAAUGAGCAUUACUCCUGUUAAAUCAUGGAAAACGGAAACCACACAUCAGAUUUUAUUCUUCUAGGACUCUUUAACAACACAGGAGCCCACCUCUUCCUCUUUGUGUUGAUGCUGACAGUUGUCUUCAACUCUCUGAUUGGGAAUUCCCUCAUGAUCUUCCUGAUUCACCAGGACCGCCACCUUCACACACCCAUGUACUUUCUACUGAGCCAGCUCUCCCUCAUGGACAUGAUGCUGGUUUUCACCAUUGUGCCCAAAAUGGCUGCUGACUACUUGACUGGAAAUAAGUUCAUCUCCCCUGCUGGCUGUGGGCUACAGAUCAUUCUCUUCCUCACCUUGGAUGGUGGAGAGUCCUUCCUCCUGGCAGCCAUGUCCUAUGACCGCUAUGUGGCUAUAUGUCACCCUCUGAGGUAUUCCAUCCUCAUGAGCUGGCAAUUGUGCCUGAGAAUGACAUUGGGGUCUUGGUUUCUGGGAGCAGCUGAUGGGUUUAUGCAGGCUGCUGCUACCCUGAGCUUCCCUUUUUGCAAAUCACAUGAGAUUGAUCAUUUCUUCUGUGAGCCACCCACACUGUUGCGCCUGGCUUGUGCUGACACAUCUGUCUUUGAGUAUGCCAUGUACAUAUGCUGUGUGUUAAUGCUUCUGGUCCCAAUCUCCUUGAUCCUGACUUCCUACAGUCUCAUCUUAGCUGCUGUUCUCCAAAUGAGAUCUACAAAAGCCCGCAAGAAAGCUUUUGCCACCUGCUCAUCACAUUUGGCUGUGGUGGGACUCUUUUAUGGAGCUGCAAUUUUUAUUUACAUGAGACCCAAAACCUACAGGUCAGCAAACCAUGAUAAGAUUGUGUCAGCUUUUUAUACUAUCAUCACCCCUGCUUUGAACCCCCUCAUCUACAGUCUGAGGAACAAUGAGGUCAAGGAAGCCUUACAGAAAUGUAUGUAUCAGUGUAUUGCCUUAACUCAUGAGUAAGAUUGAUUUGUCCCAAUUUUGAAGGCUAU